UCUCAGCACCGGCUGAACUCUCUCCAGGUUUAAUGAAGUCUAAUCAGGCUGUUGAGCUGCAGCUGCAGGAUCCGGCCUGUGAGUAAACCUGCGGCUCCUCAGACCUGCUGCUGCUACACUCAGAAUCAAACACAUCCAGACAUGACCCUUCAUCUGAAAACCAGCGCUCGGCUCUUUGACCUGCACGGCACUGUGGGCCUCACAGACUGGGACCUGGACAAGGAGCUGAAGCUGGCAACCAUCUCCGACCAGUUUUACCACGAUGAGAAACUGGUUGAUCAGUACGUGGUGCAGAGGCCGUCAGUCAGAGCCUCGAGGAGGAAAGAUGAAUUUGUUUUCUACGAUAAGACAUCAGACACCUUUGUGAAGCCGAGUCCGUGGCUGCUGGUGAAUCCAAACAUCGUCUGCCCGAUCCCACACGGACCACGUGCAGCAGAUCAUCAGCUUUCCUGUGAACCUGCAGAGGAAAUCCAAACGUCUCUGCUGAGUCCUGCAGACAAACAACAUGCAGCCACAGCGGAGCUCCACGUGUUUGCCCUCCAGGAGGAACUGCUGCACCCUGGUUCCACUGAGGACAUGAUCAAGGAUGAAGACGUCUCCCGUCGACCGGCCAAGAACAGGCGCAAGGGGAGGACCACCAAAGUCAGGGACAGUAAGAACCUUACGCCAGAAUGCUGGCCCCGUCCGCCGGUGAAUUACUGCAUCCUCAUCGCUUUGGCGCUCAACAGCAGCCACAGCGGGAGCCUGAAAGUCCAGCAGAUUUACAACUUCAUCAGAGAGCACUUCCCCUUCUUUCAGACGGCUCCUGACGGCUGGAAAAACACCAUCCGACACAACCUGUGCUUCAGCAACAGCUUCCGCAAAACCUGCAACCAGCUGCGCAGAGACGAGAAGAGGAAGUCGUGUUUUUGGCACCUGACUCUGGACGGACAACGUCGGCUGCAUGACGAGAUCCGAACGCUGACGCUGGAAUCGUCCAAGCAGCUGGAGAGGAGCAUGUCGCACCCAGAUAUAAUUCAGAGUUUGCUCUGAAAGCAUAAUGCAUAAUAAAGCUAAAUAUGCAGAA